CUCCCCCCCUCUCCCUCUCCCAAAUGGGCUCCUCUCACUUCUCUUCUUUCUCUUAGACCACUCAACUCUUCUGCCUCAACUUUUCAUUUCUUCUCUUCUCUUCUUGCAUUAAUAAUUUGUUACAUGUUGUCACAUAUGUCCAUGGCCUACUACAACACAAGAGAAAUACAAGGCAAGCAAGCCCAUGAUCCUAUUUUCAUUGAAAAAAUGAAGAGCAAGUCCUCCUCCUCCUCAUCACCAUCUCCACCAUCAUCUCCAUCAUCAUCAUCAUCAUCAUCAUCAUCAUCGCCAUCGCCCCGAAUCGUAGUGUGUGUUCCUGGGCCGGUGAUCGUAGGUGCAGGUCCAUCAGGGCUUGCUACAGCCGCAUCCCUCCAAUUAAAAGGUGUACCAAGUGUGAUCCUAGAGAGAUCCAAUUGCAUAGCCUCCUUGUGGCAGCUCAAGACCUACGAUCGCCUUCGACUUCACUUGCCAAAGCAAUUUUGUGAGCUACCCUUUAUGCCUUUUCCCAAUGAUUUCCCCACUUACCCUACAAAGCAGCAAUUCAUUCAGUACCUUGAAGAUUAUGCUACCAAGUUCGACAUUAGGCCACGGUUCAAUGAGGCUGUGGCCAGUGCCGAGUUUGAUUCCAAGCUCGGGUUUUGGCGCGUGAGGACCACCGGAGCCAAGGGCGGCGAUGAGACGGAGUAUGUUGUUCCUAAGCUUGAGGGAAUGGCUGAGUUUGGAGAGCCUAUUAGGCACACAAGUUUGUACAAAAGUGGUGAAGAGUUUAGAGGGAAGAAAGUUCUGGUUGUUGGUUGUGGAAAUUCAGGCAUGGAGGUGUGUUUAGAUCUAUGCAAUCAUAAUGCAAGGCCUUCUCUUGUGGUUAGAGACACAGUACAUGUCUUACCGAGAGAGAUGCUUGGAAAAUCAACUUUUGGGCUGUCCAUGUUGUUGCUCAAGUGGCUGCCUAUAAGGCUGGUAGAUCGCCUCUUGCUGGUUGUGUCUCGGCUACUUCUCGGCAACACCUCCCGACUCGGAUUGGACCGCCCGAAAUUAGGUCCCUUGGAGCUCAAGAACUUGUCUGGAAAGACACCGGUCUUAGACGUUGGUACACUGGCCAAGAUCGAAAGUGGAGACAUUGAGGUACGUCCAGCUAUCAAGAGGCUAAAAUGUCAUGCUAUAGAAUUUAUCAAUGGACGGACGGAGAACUUUGAUGCCAUUGUCUUAGCGACAGGUUACAGAAGCAAUGUACCCAUUUGGCUAAAGGAGGGAGAUAUGUUUUCAAAGGAAGAUGGGUUGCCUAGAAGGCCAUUUCCAAAUGGUUGGAAAGGUGAAUGUGGGUUGUAUGCCGUGGGGUUCACCAAACGCGGAAUACUUGGUGCCACAAUGGAUGCCAAAAGAAUUGCCGAGGACAUUGAACGGUGUUGGAAAGCUGAGGCAAAGCAUUGUACUCCCUUUAAAGGUUCACUUUUUCCACUAUCAUCAUCAUCAUCACCAUGAUGAUUUUGAUUUGAUGAGCUAAAGACACAGAAAGGCAGCUGGGAGACAGAGAAAGA